AUGCGUGUUUUUCAAUUACCGAAGAUCUCCGACAGCACGAUCAAUGGAGAGCAUCUGUCCGACCGAGAUAAGCGUGGGCCAUGGCAGGACGUGUCAGUGUCUAUCGGGAGUGCGUCAGAUUCAUUAGUCAAGGAAGAGUCCCUGUUUAAAGCUUAUGUCUGUGGUGUUUUCAGUCUCGGCCCCGUGGGAAGCCCGAAAGACAGUACAGUAAAAGAAGCUGAUGAUAAGCACCAGCACCUUCAGGUCGGCUCGCCCAAUAACAUCAACACUCCGCUCCUGUCAGGCAUCCCCAAAAUCCCUCCAGAUUAUCUUUCCAAACAUUGGGCAGUGCACGAUGCAGAAAUAAGUCUGCGUCUGUCCUGCGCAGGGAGGUUCCUGACAGAGCCGCCCAUUCAUGCCUGUGAGGAGACAGUGGCAGGGCUGUUCCCCAGUAGAAUUCUCUGA